UGACCGCGUCCUGCUCCUCCAGUCUCCUCCCCGGCGUCCCCCUCCAACAUUUACCGCCACACGGACAGACUGGGCUUGUUCAUGGUGCGGGGCUUCGAGAGAAAGAUGAAGUUCCUGGUAGCGGUGACAGUUAUCGUCGGGUCGGUCAUUUUCCUGCUCUUCCCGAACGGCUCCGAGGCUGACGAGAAGAAGAAGGGGCCCAAAGUCACGGCCAAGGUGUACUUCGACAUCCGGAUUGGAGAUGAGGACGUGGGCCGCAUUGUGAUCGGCCUGUUCGGAAAAACAGUCCCGAAGACCACAGAGAAUUUCGUCGCUCUGGCGACAGGAGAGAAAGGAUUUGGUUACAAAGGCAGCAAAUUUCACCGCGUCAUCAAAGACUUCAUGAUCCAGGGAGGAGACUUCACCAGAGGGGAUGGCACUGGGGGAAAGAGUAUCUAUGGUGACCGUUUCCCUGAUGAGAACUUCAAGCUGAAGCACUACGGCCCAGGCUGGCUGAGCAUGGCCAAUGCAGGCAAAGACACCAACGGCUCUCAGUUCUUCAUCACUACUGUGCAGACACCAUGGCUUGAUGGCAAGCACGUCGUCUUUGGCAAAAUCCUCGAGGGCAUGGACGUGGUGAGAAAGAUUGAGACCACAAAAACAGAUGGCAGAGAUAAACCUCUUAAAGAUGUCAGCAUCCAUGAUUGUGGCAAGAUUGAGGUGGAGAAGCCUUUUGCUGUCGCAAAGGAGUAAAUCACCCUCAGGGGUGAAGCAGGACUGUGGGUUUCUGGGGAUUUGACAGGUGUGCUGUACCACUAGUAUUGUAGUGGUGCAUGUGUAUGUGUUUGGGGCUGUAUAUCGGGGUCCCUCCUGUUCAUCUCUACACCUGUGGCAGUCCGCAGAGCGGCAUAGCUUGGGUCCAUCUCGAACAAGCAUUCCAUGUGGUUGGUCAAACUGAUUUAACAACUGCUUUUUGUAAACAAAUCUCCAAUAAAGGAUCCAGGUUUUGUUA